AUGAACAAUAACUCCCCUACGGCUUCCAUACUUAGGAGCCCUCUUGAUAGCCACGACAAGGAUAAGCCUUUGGCGCUGGUGGACUUCCUUGAGAAGGCUGAAGGUGAGCUUUACUCUGCUGAUGACGACUCGUCGUUGCCGCCAGAAAACGAGUUGAAGAAGGGUUUGAAAAAUAGACAUGUCCAGUUGAUCGCUUUGGGUGGUGCUAUUGGUACUGGGUUGUUUUUGGGCUCGGGCCAGGUUUUAUAUACCACGGGGCCAGGUCCACUUUGGAUUUCUUAUAUUGUCAUGUCUACUGUUGUGUGGUUUGUGAUGAACAUGUUGGCUGAAAUGGCUUCGUUCUUGCCGGUGCCAGGAACGGGUUCCCAGCAGUUUAUCAAUGACUUCACGGACCCUUCCAUUGGGUUUGCGCUUGGUUAUAAUUACUGGUAUGGGUUUUCCAUUUUGGUCGCUACAGAAACCGUCGCUGCUGCCAUGUUGAUCCAGUACUGGACUACUGACGUUCAUAUUGCCGUGUGGAUAUCUAUCCUUUUAGGUUUGAUGCUUUUAUUGAAUGUGUUGCCGGUGCAGUUUUUCGGUGAAGCUGAAUUCUUCUUUGCCAGUAUUAAAAUCUUUGCAAUUACUGGGUUGAUCAUUUUGGGUAUCGUUUUGUUCUUUGGCGGUGGCCCAAAUAAAGAUAUGCUUGGUUUCCGUCACUGGGCUGAUGGUAACGCUUUCCACGACCACUUGGUGGACGGUGCCACGGGUCGCUUCUUGGCUACCUGGACUGCCAUUGUCAGAGCCGGUUACUCUUUUAUUAUGAGUCCUGAGUUGAUUGUGUCUUGUUCUGGUGAAGUGGUCAGACCUCGUCGUAUUAUCCCAAGAUGUGCCAAGCAGUUUAUCUAUCGUUUGGCCUUCUUUUACAUUUUGGGUUCUUUGGUGAUUGGUAUUAUCGCUGAUUCUAGAAGUGAGAGGUUGAUGGGCGAGAAGGGUGACGCUUCUGCUUCGCCUUUUGUUGUGGGUAUCCAGAAUGCCGGUAUCCCAGUGUUGAACCAUAUUAUCAACGCUGUGGUUUUGACUUCCGCUGCUUCCGCUGGUAACUCCUUCUUUUACGCUGGUUCCAGAACCCUCUACUCGCUUGCCAAGAGAGGUUUGGCUCCUAAGAUCUUCACCACCGUCAACAGAUUUGGUGUUCCAAUUUAUUGUGUGUUGAUCGUUUUUGCCGUUGGUUGUUUGGCUUACUUGAACGUUUCCAGUUCUUCGUCCCAGGUUUUUUCUUGGUUCUCCAACAUCUCCACCAUUUCUGGUUACAUCUCCUGGAUCACCGCUUCCUUCGCUUAUACCAGAUGGAGAAAGGCUAUUGCUUUGCAAGGCCUUCUGGACAGAGUCCCAUACAAAACCAAGUUCCAGCCAUACGGUGCAUACUACGUGAUGUUCUUCGUUUCCUUGAUCACCCUCACCAACGGUUACGCUGUUUUCUUCGACUUUGACAUUGCUGACUUCCUUGCUGCCUAUAUCACCUUGCCAAUUGUGUUAGGUCUUUACGUGGCACACAGAUCAUACUCGUACUUCUGGGUUGGCCGUAAGAGAUGGCUUAAUCCUUUGGAGGAGUUCGACUUCGGCAAAUUGGAGAUGGUGGAGGAGGAAGAAAGACACUACGACAACCCCAUCCCCAAGAAUGUUUGGGAGAAAUUUGUUUUCUCCAUUUUUUAG